AGGUUAAUAAUCGAUUGGGCAGGUGGAUAUACCCAGCUCGUAUCAUAUGUUCAUGUACCAUUAGAGGGCUACAAGAAAUGCUGUUGGUGAAUGAUGAUUAUAGUUAAAGAGAAUCAAAGCCUGAUUCUCUAUAUUUAUAGUGUUAGAAAUCGAUUUAAAAAUUCUGAAAAGAAUGGCAGAUCAGAUGGAAUACAUAAUACCGCCAUGGGAAAUCGAGGCUUACAUGCAAAGUUUAAACAUUUCUGAUCUCGAAAAUAUUGGUACAAAAAGUUGGUUAGAUUUCCAUAAGAAACUGGCGUUAUUAAAUCAGCAGAGCGUACUUGAAAUAACAAAUCUGCGGGAGGAGAGCGUUACGGAAUGGUUUAUCUCAUUAAAGAAAGUUCCUAUUCUUGUACAUGAAGCUAUACAAAUCAAUAUAUGGAAACAUAAGGUGUUUCCACUUUUGAUUAAUCUCAAUGGCGAGCCAACAAACACGUUUAUGUUAUUUAGCAUACUGUAUCAUGAAGUUAUUGUAGUUUCGUUGUUAGAAAAUAUAUUAUUCCAUUGCAAGAGUGCACAAACGAUAGACGACACGGUGAUUGAUCUUAUUGAUUACGGUAUUCAAUAUAUAACGACACUGGCUGAUGGCAAAAUCUUGGAGAUAUAUGAAAGAUCCGAAAUCACAGAUCCUAAUUCUUGCUUGGAAGAAAUAAUAGAGAAACAAAAGACAUUCGAGUUUGAUAUUGGGAUGCGAUGUAUCUCGAUCUUUCAUUAUCUAAUAGAAAUUCUGGACAAUUUACCUCUUUGUGCAGUUUCACGUAUGCUAGCCACACAUGAUGUUCCAUAUUUGUUUGUGCAGCUAAUAGAAAAUCAACCAUGGAAGAAGCAAAAUGAGGAUGGUGAGAUGUUAACGUAUGAAGCUAGCUGGAGAAAAAUUAAAGAAAGUGAAAUUGGAAAAAUUAAUAAGAGAGAAGGACAAGUAUGGUUUGGUUUGCGUGAAUUGCUUCUUAAUCCAAAAUGUGCCCCGUAUUAUGAAAUCACAGAGCAUAAAUUGUCCCAAUUGAUGAAGUUGCAGAGGCACUUGCAUGAGGAUGUACUAGAUCAAAUUGCUCCUUUAAUAGAGCUUAAGCAAUGGUUAUCUUAUUUAAAUAUGUCUCCAGCGAUGCCAUCCACGAACUCAAUCUGUCCGAUUCAUGUAGAAGUUAUACCACAGAUAAAAUCAGCUAUUUUGGAAAAGCAUCAUAAAAAGUGGAAAAAAUUGGCUAGACAUCAGUCCAAAUACCUAUUUACAACAGAUACUGAUUACAUUAAAGACGCAGCACAAAUUUUGAGUGACGUUUACGAUUUAGAUAAGUUGGAUCGUAUAAAAACGAAAAAAUGUUCGUUAUGUCAAGAAACGUCUAAGAAACGAUGUUCCAGAUGCAAAGAAGUCUGGUAUUGCAGCAGAGAAUGUCAAGUGAAAGAUUGGGAAAAUCAUAAAAAAAUUUGCAAUAUGAUAACAGAAGCUAAACAGUAAUAAUAUAUAACAGUAAUAAUAUAUUCAAUAUUUAAGAAUGUCAUGUACUCAUCAAUAUGAACGUUUAACAUGAAUUUCUUUUUAAUUAUAAUAAAAUAUCGUACAAUCGCA